AUGCCUCCCUCUACGACAUGCCCACAAAGACCUUCCUUAGUGAGAACCAAGAAGAUAACGUUUUCGGAAAACAUCAGCACUUCCGUCCCAUUGUCAGAACUACACAAGAACAACACGAGUGACACUUGGUACACACGGCAAGAAAUGAAGGACAUUCGUCGACAUGCAAGUUUGGUUGUCCAGGCCAUGCGACAUUCCAGUAAGAACUGUGGAGAGACCGAACUGGGCUGCACCUAUGGUCUUUCACACCAUGUCCGCAAUGACAUUGUCAAACGCCGAAAGGCUGGAGCGCUCUCUGCCGUUUUGGACGAGCAAUCAAUGCAACGACAAGAAUCAAAGACCAUCGACCAUGAUUUGAUUGCCGACGUGUAUUUUGAAGAGACAAAGCGGAAUCAAUCUGAUGCAUCUCAGAGAGGCAAAGACCUCGAAGAAGAAGUGAUAAGCAUAUGGUCGGAGCCUGCUAUAAGACACCAAAUUGGACGAUCACACAGGGGUCCUUUGGUGAAAUCAGCAGUGCAAACACGAAUGGUAACGACAAGAAGGGCGUGUUGA